CAACACCAGAGAGAAACCCUACUUAGAGCAGCCAAACCUUACGCAUUCCAUUUCUCUCUAUUCGCUCUCUUUCAAUCACAACAACAUGGCCGAACGUGGAGGCGGAGACCGUGCCGGUUUCGGUCGCGGCUUUGGCGGUCGUGGACGCGGCGGCGACAGGGGACGAGGGCGGCGCAGGGCAGGAGGGCGCCGCGACGAGGAGGAGAAGUGGGUCCCAGUGACGAAGCUGGGGCGCCUGGUGAAGGAGGGGAAAAUUCGGAGCCUGGAGCAGAUCUACCUACACUCGCUCCCAAUCAAGGAGCACCAAAUCAUUGACACCCUCGUGGGGCCCACCCUGAAGGACGAGGUGAUGAAGAUCAUGCCCGUCCAGAAGCAGACCCGCGCCGGUCAGCGAACCCGCUUCAAGGCCUUCGUGGUGGUCGGCGACAACAACGGCCACGUCGGUCUCGGAGUGAAGUGCAGCAAGGAAGUCGCCACCGCCAUACGCGGCGCCAUCAUUCUCGCAAAGCUCUCUGUUAUUCCUGUGAGGAGAGGCUAUUGGGGUAACAAGAUCGGAAAGCCCCACACCGUUCCCUGCAAGGUUACCGGAAAGUGUGGCUCCGUCACCGUCCGCAUGGUCCCCGCCCCUCGUGGGUCCGGAAUCGUCGCCGCUAGGGUCCCCAAGAAGGUCUUGCAGUUCGCUGGAAUCGAUGACGUCUUCACUUCCUCCAGGGGUUCCACCAAAACCCUCGGAAAUUUCGUCAAGGCUACUUUUGACUGUUUGCUGAAAACCUACGGUUUUCUAACACCUGAAUUCUGGAAGGAGACUCGGUUCUCCAAAUCACCAUUCCAAGAGUACACUGAUCUAUUGGCAAAGCCAACAGGGAAGGCCCUUAUCCUCGAGGAGGAAAGGGUGGAGGCUUGAGUUAGCAGAAGCAGCAGCAGUUUUGAUGUUAUCGGAUGAUUGUGCCUCGUCUUAAGCAUGCUAGGACCCAGUAAUUAUAUGUUUUGCUACCUUUUGUUAUUUCAUUUUCUAUUGAAGGACAUAUUAUAUAUCUCCAUGCUUUUUGUUUUUUCUCAAAUUUAGUUGAAUGGAUAUUAUUUACUGAACUUUCAAACAGGGGUUUAUUAAAUUUUU